UGUUCAAAGCCUGGGAACUCAUAUUAAGCUUCACGUCCCAUCUACCCACUCCACUGCACGGAAUCCACGGCGGAGCGAAGCUAAAUAGUGGACCCGCAGCGUGCACGUCCCCGCGGAGGCUCCCAGUUCAUUGAGGUUAGGCAACGGCCCUCCAAGCUUGCUCCCCAAAGAGGCGCUCCUCUCUUGCUCCUACUUCCCAACUUCACCUUCUGGUUUGGAGCUUCCUUACGUUACUGGCUAUUUGGGUUAACUUUCCCCAGGUUUGUAUCUACAUCUACCAAGCUCGGAUACGCUCCUCUCCACAACCGGCACCAUGAGCACCAACCCUGGCUCGGAGACAUCCAGAGCUGGGAUGGAGUCGUCCACCGAGAGCACUUUCGAGUUCGUGAGCAGGAGCAUGUAUGAGACAUCUGAUGACGAUGGCAACACCCUAUCCGUCGCCUCCGCCGACGCUCGCGGUUCAGACGACUUGAGCAGCUUCGGCGACAUCGAUGAUGAUGGCUUCCGCUCCGAUGAGAGUGAUAGUAGCAGUGAAGACGAACUCGACGCCACCCCGCAGGUCUCAUACCACCCGGAUGCCGCCUCCGAAAGACCGCAUCCACCAGAGUCGGAUAGUGACAUGGAGUCAUCCACUCCUGAUUCACGCAAGGGACCAGCAGUGUACAUGGAGCUAUCUGAGGCACGUCUAGGAGAUGGUAGCGGAGCCGUGGACUUAUGCCGCGUCGUCAGUGAAUACAACGCCAAGUCCAGCACGCCUCCAGUGCUUUCCCGAUUCGGCUACCCUGAUCUCCGAGUCGUGGUCAAGAUGCCUUUGGCUCGUGAAUGGCUCCCAAGUUCUACAUCCUACAGAGUCCUAUACGUCGGUCCCAUCGCUUCUUGGCUGGUGGAGGAGAUCAACACUCAUAUUGGAGCUGCGCUUAGCGUUACCCCCACAUCAUCGCGGUUCCACAUCUUCCAAACCUUCACAAGAGCUGGGACUGCUUCCUCCAGCGGAGUGCAGCUUGAACGUGCUGGGGCUGAGCUUAUUGUGGACCACUGCCCUGGCCCUGUGGCCGGAUGUACUGCACAGAAUGUACCUUCCGCCACAGUCGCCCUGAACGAUGGAUCGCAAAUCACUUUCGGCGAAGAUGGGACCAUUCGGCCCAAGUCCGCUUCUCUUCCGGAUUUAGUCGUCUUCGGUCAUCCUGGGGCAGAUGUCGCGGGCGACCCCGUCGAGAUUAGGUUUGCGUUUAACCGUGCCCGGAGUAUAAUAAAAUCGCUUGGAAUUCCAAGCCUGGAUAUAACAGCGGUGCCUAAUUAUCAGGGACGUCCAGUCCAUUUCCAAACCAGCAGUCUCAAGAUGUGCGUGGAGGGUCGACACAAUAAGGAUCAAGAGUAUGAAAUACUAAAGGCCCUUCCCGUCGAUCAUACAGCUUUCAUUGGUAUCGACCCUGUGCAUCUCAACAUGCACUUGGCAUAUCUGAAGGAGCGAUCUAAGGUGAAGGGAGGACCUCCAUACCACACGAGCAGCGGCAAGAGCGCACUCGCCAAUAUCCGCAAACGCUUGAAACUUUCAGCCCCUGCGAUCAAUUAUCGAGACAUAGUGAGGCUGCUGAUCGGUUUGAUCUUAGGUAUACUGGUGAUUGAGGCUGGAUUAUGGUCGCUCUCUUACCGGAACACUUCAAUCUCGGAGGCUCUGACAUCGGACUCACCUAACAGCCUGCCGAGUCCAUCCAUCAAAGCUUUGAAAGCAACAUCCGUGGUGAAGUCGCCUUCAGUGACGCCGACUUUAAACAUCCCGAAGGAUCUUACAGUUCUGCCGCCGAAGCAGCACUCAGGCAGGAAGUGGCGUAACCUCCUGAACAGAACGAAAGAGGAAACCGUCGGUAAUUCCACCGUUGACUCCAUUAGCAGCGAAUGUGUACUUUGCAGCCUGGAGACCAUGUCAGAGCAGCUUCGUCGCCUCGAGUCCCUGUCAGAGCAGGCUGCGUCUCUGUGGAGCAAAGAGAUCAUGCGCCAAAUCCGGAAGCGCUCGGCUCAGGCCAGCGAGUUAACACGAUACUGCGCGGACCGAGUGUGGCAGAAGACCCAACCGCUGAGAACAGCUUCUUACAAGGAUGAAAUUCUCAGUCGUAUCCAGGAGAGCUCACUGAAAGCCCAGGCGCUCAGACGUUACUACGAAGACCGCGUCUGGCAGGAAACGCGUCCCCUCAGGACAUCCCCGUAUAUGCUAGAGGUACGCGAGCAGGCGCUCCGAUUGAGGUGCAACAUUGAGGCGAGGCUGGGUAAGCGUGAUUCACGGUCCUGCAAACUUCUGCAAGAUAUACAAUCUCGGACGAAGAAGAGGUAAGUAGAUGGGAUAGAUAACGGGUAUCGAGGCGUUGGUCGGCCUCGAAGGAGUACUACAUCACCAUCGAUUCUCGGUAAUGUGGACAGGCGUUCUUGUGACGGGUGUCAUUGGGGGUUCCACGGAGUACGGAUUUGGCUAUGAGAAACAAGCACAUGUUCAAGGGAUUUGAAGUCCUAGGUUUCGAAAGAGGAUUCGAGCAUCAGCUAUUGGAGCAUAUGGACGGUCAGGGGAGCCUAGGUCUGAACUGGACGGUUUCUUAUUCUGUCUGUUUGCUCGAAAUGGUGGAUUUGUUUUGUACAGCCGAUUCGGAACCAUCG